AUGACUGCUCCAGUUUCUAAUAGUUGUUCCUGGAUUUUCAAAAGGAUCAUGGAUAUUAGAAGUAUAGUGCUGCAAGUGCAGGUGGUUUGGAAUCGUAUGCUGGCUUCCAACAGAUUCAAUAUGACAGUACUAUACAAAGAGCUCAAUGGUGGAAUAGACAAAGUGGACUGGAGAUACCUAUUCUACCAAAAUAAAGCAAGGCCUCGUGCACAAUUUAUUGCUUGGCUUGUCUGCCAUGGGAAACAAGCUACUAAAGAUAGAAUGGUUAGAUUCAAUCUUUUAACUGAAGCCAACUGUGAUCUUUGUAGGAAUAGUGAAGAAAGUAGAUCUCACCUCUUUUUUGAAUGCCCAUCUAACUCUGAAAUUUGGAAGCGAGUUCUGCAAUGGCUGCAGUAUGACCAUCAGUCGCUGCCGUGGCAUGGAGAAUUACAAUGGAUAAUGCAAGAGAUAAUGAGGAAGGGUAGCAAAGCAAAGCUUCUUAAAAUGGCUUUCACUGAAGCUCUGUAUGUGCUAUGUACUAGGAGGAACAAUGUUAUUUUUAACCAUUCUAAUAGUAUUGAUUAUGUACAUACCAUUAUAGAUGCUAUAGUUUACAGGAGUUGGGCCUAUAGGAAGAUUAGGGAGUAUACGGCCCAACUGCUACUUUAA